GCUGCUUCCCUGGAGACGGGCUGGGAGGCCAAACUUCCUGCUAGCGCUCCGGGGCCUCUUUUGGGGUGGGGGCUGGGGGACCAGGCAGAAAGAAGCCCUCUGUCUGCUGAAGACCCGCAAGGCACCAGGAGCCUAGAUGACUGCUGUCCCCAGAAGACAUGGGGAAGAAGCUGGUGAUGGCCCAGAAACGGGGAGAGACUCGAGCCCUUUGCCUGGGUGUGGCCAUGGUGAUGUGUGCUGUCAUUACCUACUACAUCCUGGGCACUACUGUGCUGCCCCUCUACCAGAAAAGUGUGUGGACCCAGGAAGCCUUGUGUCAGCUGAUUGAGACCAACAUCAGGGACCAGGAGGAGCUGGAGGGCAAGAAGGUGCCCCAAUACCCAUGCCUAUGGGUCAAUGUGUCUGCUGUGGGCAAGUGGGCUAUGCUGUACCACACGGAGGAUACUCGGGACCGGAACCAGCAGUGCUCCUACAUCCCUGGAAGCCUGGACAACUACCAGAUGGCCAGGGCUGAUGUUGAGAAGGUCAGAGCCAAGUUCCAUGAGCGCCAGGUUUUCUACUGCUUCUCUGCGAUGCGGGAGAAUGAGACGAGCGUCCUGUACCAGCGUCUCUAUGGGCCCCAGGCUCUCCUUUCCUCCCUCUUCUGGCCCACCUUCCUGCUCACUGGUGGCCUCCUCAUUAUUGCCAUGGUGAAGAUCAAUCGGUCACUCUCCAUCCUGGCGGCCCAGAAGUAGCCUCAUUCCUGCUGCCUCCACUGUCUGAUUCCCAGGGGUGGGCUUGCUCCCCACUCACAGAGCCAGUCUCUUGCCCCUGCUCUCCUAACCCCUGUUCAGCUCAUCCUGCCUUCUGCUUCACAGCUGACCUUGGGGAAAUCCCUUAGUUAAUGUCAUUUCCGACUCAAGAAUGUACAGUGGCUCCUAAUGCCUUGCUGGACACAAGGCCAAGAGUUCUAGUUCUCCGUUGCUGGUUUCCUCUCAACUGACUCAUAUCUGAUUCCUAUUGUGUCACUACAGCAAGGAUGGCCACCUCUCUCCUAUUAUUCCUUGAUGGUGCAAAGGCUUGUUUGUCCCAUCUGGCAGCCAUCCUUGGCAGACUACUGGUCUUACUUUGAAUUUCAUAAUAAAAAACAACAGCAG